CGUGCGGGUGGCAUCUUAAGUCGCGAACCCCUUCCCUCUCGCCUCUCUUUCCUCCCCGCAACCCACCUGUCGCGUUCUUCGAUGCUCGACCCGCGCAUCGCCUCGUGGAUCCUCGAGUUCGUCCUCCGCCAGCCCGUCGAAGAUUGGCUCGCGAACGAGCUUCUCUUCGCUCUUCCCCUCCCUUCCCCCAUCCCUCCUCGCCUCAAAAAAACCUUCCUCCUCCGUCGCCUCUCCUCCGACGUCUCCCACCGCUCCCUCGCCGGCAGCACUCUCUUCUCCCUCGAGCUCAUCGAAGAGCUCGACCGCUCCUCCGGCGCUGACGCCCCCUCCGACUCCCUGGCCGCCGCGUAUGCGGCCGUCGCCGUUGAGUGCACCGCCCGGUUCCUCCGGGGACGCUUAGACGGUGACCGCGGAGGGAACUUCUUCGAAGCCGUCAACCGGAUAUGGAGCUGCCGAGUGGCCGAUCUCGAGAGGUCGGAGGCCGCCGGCCUGGUCUCGGCGACGCUGAGGGAGGCGAGGAGGGAGAUGGAGGAGGCUGUCGUCAACCCUAUCGUGAGGGUCGGUCUCAUGGGGAGGGACACCAAGAUGGCGGCUUUGGACGCGGUUAGGGUUUAUUUGGAGGAGGCUGAGAAGGAGAUGGGCCCUCCUUAUCUUGAGUGCGUAGCGGAAACGGUCGGUGAGGAGUGGAGGAGAAGCUCAGUAACUGGGAGUGAUGGCUCUGUGGGGGAAUUGGAUGCGAAGUUGCGAAAUUUGCUAGCCCGUCAGGUCGAAGAUGGGAGAUGCGAUGGUCCACCUGAUGGUGAUAGAGCAAAAUCAUUUGGAUUGGUGGAACUAGAGAAGCUUGAGGAGAGUGUGCUGGAUAGGGGGAAGGAUGCACCUAAACAAGGUGGCUGCUCUACUGACAAAUUUGAACGCUUGCCUGCCACUGCCGCUGAAGUUAUGAAAGCAAAGAAUGUGUUUAGAUCAAGUGUUUUACCUGCUAAAAUAGAUAAUAUGAAAGAAAACCAAAAUCAAAUGGACUUAAAUCCUGUGUUUUCUGUCAAUGACUGUGCUGGUAAGGGGAAUGAAAGUGAUCAUGAUGCAAUGUCUCAGCAAAAUCUCAUGGAUCAAGAUCCAUCCGAUUUGAAGCAUGUGGAAGAGAACCGAGAAAGGGCAUUCUUGUCUUCUAUUGACAAGGGUACUAAAGAUGGCAAUCCCGGCACCUGUACAUGUACCAGGGAUAACAUCGAUUGUGCUGGAGCACAGAAGCCUAGUUUAAUGGAUUGGAACCCAACUGCCCGUAGAUUUGAGGAUGAAGAUUUCAGUCUAUCUCCAUCUGAAAAUUCACCUAAUCCAUCAAAUAAUCUUCGGUUUCCAAGCACAAAGAGAAGGAAGUUUUCUUUAGCAUUGGAAGACAAUAGAACAUUCAUCAUACGUAGAAGAAAAAGGAAAUGGAGUUCACUGGAAGAGGAGACUUUGAGGAAAGCUGUUGAGAGGCAUGGUGCAGGGAACUGGAAAUUCAUUAAGAGUUGCCAUCCUGAAAUUUUCAAAAACAGGACAGAGGUUGAUUUGAAGGAUAAAUGGAGAAAUAUGAUGAGGGACCACCAUCCGAAGAUUAUCCUUUUGGGUCAUGGAAAGAGCUUGAUGACACUUUCAACCAGAAGGUGACCCACAAAUUCAAGUUUAUCUCUUUUUUGUCUACAGAGAUCUAUUUCAUCACUUCCCAUGUUUUGUAGAACUGAUUAAUUCCACCAUUUGGUAUGGUUAUUGAAGGCACAUACUCACUACUGAUAUAGCUAGUCAUUCUUACCUCUAUUUAUUGGGUAUUUCUACGUUUGUUGUUUUCCCAGUGUUUGCAUGCUGAUGCUGGUUUUGCCUUUCUUGAAAUCGGGUAAAUACUUGCAUGAAUUAUCUCUGCUUCACAAUUAAUCCUCUGCCUACAAAUUAUCAUUUUCAGUUGCUUCAUUAUGUCCAAUACAAUUCUAGGUGUCACUUCUUCUUGGUCUUAUUACAUUUAUGCCAUUAUUAUCAUUGAUAUUCCUUU